AUUGUGUACAAGGGUGGCAUAUGUUGAAAUGGGCCCUUUGAUUCCUGAUAGUAAACGUGAUCACUAACAGCAUACAUACAGAUUUUUUUUUUCCUUAUUCAUCACAUGAGGAAUUGAUAUAGAACAUCUGGAAACUAUAAUGAUGCAAUCUGGAUGUUUGUAACAGAACAAAAAUAUGUAUUACACUUGGUUUGGUUCCCUUUCAACUGGAUUCUCUCCGUGCAAAAUCUAAAAAAACAAAUCUUCCUGAAUACAAGACUUUAUUAAAUAAGGUAUGUCAAAUUAUCAUUUUUAUGUUACUGCCGCUGUUGUACUUUGUUUGCUAACUCCUGUUAUAGACGUUUGGUAUAAUUCAUUGUCCACGACUUAAUCUUUAAAUGUUUGACACGCAUAAGUCAGAAUCUUUCAAUGUGCAGUUAGCUGCUGUACAUUGUGUGAAACAGACCCAGCAAACAAAGUAUGGGAUUUCCAUAAAUAAGUCGUACAUAUGUAGAGAAGAUAGUGAUAUUAUUGAGCCGUGUGACAAAUUCUCUCUCUCUUGCAAGAGUAACUAUUCUGAUACACGGAGAUAGUACGUCCCCUUUACUUCCACCUAUGGUGGCCAAUUAGAUUUUCAAUAAUUGUGUGGACAUUUGCUUAGCAUGUUUUUGAUUAUGGGGACAUAAAGCUACUGGAAAAAAGGAAGCAGGGGCAUGGGGGGUUUCACACCUGGAAAAUGCAUAUUUCAGUAGUGGUGCAGACAUAAAGACCAAAAUAAAUACAAAAAAAUACAGUAUAAGGAACAGUACACACACAAAAUACAGUUUUACAUUUUACAAGGCUACUUACAAACACCUAUCUUAGCAAAUCAAUAUGUAAUUUAGUUACACCAUAUGACCAUAUUCGGUAUAUAUAUAUUUUUUUUGGUAUAUAUCGGUGGGUCCUACACUAAUUUCAACAUGGGAGGUUAAAAUGCUAACUGCUAUACUUGCUGCUUAAACUGCUUCCAAAGACUCUCCAGAAAUGUAUGCUGUCCUGUGAUCACCAGUAAAAGGGCAUUUAGAGUAGAAGAGUAGGUUUGCUCAACCUAAUACAAACAUAUAUAAAAUAUAACACACGUGCUCCCCAUUGCGUAAACAGAUAUAAAAUAGAUUUACCCUUAUUAACAUACUACACCAUUUUUAUGUCUUUAUCUGUCCUUUUUUGUAGAUUGUAUUUUCUUUGUAUUUUAUUAAGAAGAAGAUUGAAGGAAUAUUCUUACAAUCAUCUUAAUAAAAUACAAAGAAAAUACAAUCUACAAAAAAGGACAGAUAAAGACAAAAAAAUGGUGUAGUAUGUUUAAAACACCACAAGUAGGCUAAUAUGAAUUGCACUCACAGAGUGGAAGUAUAAUGCAGACAUAUAAAGGUCUUUAAAAUUCAGUGGAGAUCAAAUAUUCUUCCUGUUCAACCUUAAUGCAGAGGGAGAGACACAGGAGACAUAGUGCACCAGUAAAAUGAAUGACAUACAUUUUAUUCAAAUUGCACUCAUAGGAUUUGUUGUAAAAAUCCAGCGUAUCAAAAUAUUUAGAUGAUCCCAAUGCCAGUGACACUUCUCCUGGGGUCAAAGAUUUGAAGAAGCCAGAUAAAAACAAAACCAAAAAUAAAAGAAAAUUUAAAAAAAUAAAAAUUUAUACAAAAAAUAAACAAACAAAAAGUCAAUAAAAUCAAAUGUAGGUGCUGUCUUGGUCCAGCCGCCCAACGCGUUUCGUCCGGGAAAAGGGCUUCCUCAGGGGUAAAUCAAGGUGUGUGUCGCAAAUCAGUAUGGAAUUUAGUUACACCAUAUGACCAUAUUCGGUAUAUAUAUAUUUAUUUGGUAUAUAUCGGUGGGUCCUACACUAAUUUCAACAUGGGAGGUUAAAAUGCUCACUGCUAUACUCAAUGCUUAAACUGCUUCCAAAGACUCUCCAGAAAUGUAUGCUGUCCUGUGAUCACCAUAAAAGGGCACCCAGAGUAGAAGAGUGGGUUUGCUCAACCUAAAUGGAAUCUGAUCUGGACUCUAAACAUACAUAGAAAAAAAAAUUGGGGGACACCAAUGGAACAUACAUUUCUCAGUAGUGGCGCUGCCAUAAAGACCAAAACGUAAAACUGUUUUACUUUAAUCUGACAUUGGGCCACUUGCUUAAAAUUGAAUACAAAUGUAAAAUUUUAAAUACAAAAUGACUUACUGUAAAUUUUAAUUGACUUCUACAUAUUUCAAGACAUUAUAUAUUCGUGUGUGUGCUAAUUCCCCACAGUGAAAAUGGGGACAUGAGUGAUCCUUGGAAUUGAAUAUAACAUAUGUAUUGGAUCAUGGGGAUAUUGAUGGGAAUAAUAAGUACAUUUGGAAAGGAAGUUAGGGAUAUAAAGAAAGCUUCCGAGAGCCCUAUAAGAUGAGGAAAGAGGAAUGGGGAUGAGAAUAAUAGAGAUGACUAUGGUUGAAAAGACAAGAGGUUGAUAAAUGAACACUAAGAUUGAGAACUACAUGACAGGCGCAUAGUCGCCAUAUGGGCAGUUGGAAUUCCCCCAAAAACACACUGACACUGAUGUAUAGGUCAAUAUGUUCACAGCUUUAUUAAUAUUGAUAACAAUAAAUUAAAGUCAUUGCCCAGCCCCCAUCCCGCCAUAUAACAUCAUAUGUCCCCAAAAUAAAAGGCAAUUACCCAUUAUUUCUGUAAAUCUAAGUAACAUCAACAACCAUAAGAACAAACAUCAUCAACAUAAUAUAAGUGCCAAACUUUGUUAAAUAACCACGGUAGGUGCAUACCCGGAUACCCCUACCACUGGUCUAGAAGAUUAACUCUUUUUACUGUGAAAGAGAAAGAAGAUUAUUAAUUGAUGAGAUUGGGAAACAAGUCUGGAUGAUUAACUGGAUGGAACACAGGUUGAGAAGAAGAGAGAGCCCCGACUCUGAGAAGAGAGAGUAAAAAGGUUGACAAGCUAAGAAAAAAUGAAGGCUGAUAGAAAAGGUUGAGAAAAAGAGAGCAGUAGGCAGUCAAGACCAAAAAAGUGGCAUCUUUGGAGGUCUCAAGAUUAACCUGUCAGAGCACUCUGAUUGGUGUGCUUAACCCCUUAAGGAGCAAACUUCUGGAAUAAAAGGGAAUCAUGACAUGUCACACAUGUCAUGUGUCCUUCAGGGGUUAAGCCAACCAAUCAGAGUGGUCUGAGUCAUAUUGCACAGCGUGGGUAAGCUUUAUAAGGCUUUUCCAGUUAAUGUCCCUUCCCAGUUAAUUCUUUUUUAGGUGCCCCAUUUUCCCUUUAUUGGAUUAGCAACUGGGCAGCAAUAUCUGCCCAGUAGCUAGUCUUUUCCUAUGAUAGUGAGCAGCCAUUGACUGUUCUCUGUUUAGUAGAAAUGCCCCUACUUGCAGCAAAGUGGGUAUGGGCAGGAGGUAGGAUUUAACUUCCCUUUUUUUUUUUUAACUAAUGCUUAGUAUUUUUUUACUUAGUAUUAGUAUAGUUGUCUGAAAGACCAAAAUUACCAAAAGGAAAGGCUUUCAGUUUUUUAGUAGAUAGCUUCCUAAUGCUUGUGGGAUUGCCAUAAGAACACCAAAAAGGAGUGAUUUACUAAACAGCUCCCUUAUGGCAGUCCCACAAGAGUACCAAUUUAGACAGUUACCUAUGAUACGACUGCAAGAUGCAGCCGUGGCCCAGGACACUGCCAAAAGUGGGACAGUUGGGAGCGCUGAUUAUAUUCACAGUGUUUCUAUAUUCCAAACUCCACUUCUAGAAUAUUAGUUUUAGGAGAAGGACUGAAUAGAAGCUGCAAAUAGCAGGUGCUGUUCAUGAAAGAAUCUCCCACUAACUAUCUCAUAUGACAUAUACUUUUAACAUACCUACCAACUCUGGUGUCCUAAGAAUUUGACGAAGUAAAGGGAGCCGACCAGUGAUGCAAUCGUGUCACUAGCUCCAACCCAAAAGGGCAGGCCCUGCAGCGAGCACAGUUUCAGCGCUCCCUACAGGAUCCAAGUACCCUACUCAUAGUGCGAGCAUGUCUAUUGAUGCACUCGCGCACUGAUUGUUGGGAACAGUUCCCUGGUGUCCCCAAAACUGUCCCAUCGAAUUCAGGGCGGUUGGCAGGCAUGUAUACAUCAACCAUACUACACUGAGAUUAGCGGCCUCUCUACUGCACAAUGUCUGUCACUCAAUACAAUGUUUUUCUGCAGUAUGACUUCAACCACCGUGCAUUAUAGACUAUGAUUACAUAAUCUGGCGUAGUAUUUUGUUGUGUAUUUCACUUUUACAAGCCAGUUUUUCACUGGCAAUCAAAACAUUUCUAAUUUUCAAGAUUUUUUUGUCUCUAUACUGAACAGAAGAUUUACAAAUAAAGUUUUUUCACAUUUUUUUCAUUUUGUAAAAUUAUUAAACCUACACUGCCACCUACUGCCAUCCUUAGUUCUAGCAGAUAAUUAGGAAUAGUAAAAAGGUGUAAUCUUCUAUAUCCAAGUAUUAACAUAGCCAGAUAGUUAUUAUUAUUAUUACUGGUAUUUAUAUAGCGUCGGCAUAUUCCAUAGCGCUUUACAAUAUUAUCAAAGAGGGAGAUUUAACAAUUAAUGAGACAAUUACAAAAACUUACAGGAACAAUAGGUUUAAGAGGGCCCUGCUCAAAUGAGCUUACAGUCUAUAGGAUAUUUAAUAUUUAUUAGUGAAAAUGCUUGCUAUUAUCCUAAAAGGCAGUACAUUUUCCAAUCAGGUUGCACCUUGCAUUCAUAGUGAUACACCUGCUACACAUUCAUUACAUACAAAAUAUAAAAAGUUUAUAUGUUGUGAAUGAAUGAUUACAUUUAAUUUUCUCUUUGUGUACUUUAUGGAAUUUAUCACCAAUACAAAUCUCCUGAAUGUUCUGUUGUUGAAGUGUUCUAUUCCAGAGAGAAAAGAACCUGUAUAAUAGGUCAGGGAGUAGGAGCGGAGCCCUGGUUGUAGAAUCAAUGAAUGCCCCUGCCUCCCUACCUCUCUCCCCAGUGUCCCUCUCCGCCUCCCAUUGUGUAUGGGGUUGGCUGACCGUGAUUGUGUAUGAUGCAGCUAAGUGUGAUUGUGUGUGACAAGGCCGAGUGUGAUUGGUCGGUAUUGCUGGCAGGAUACUGGGUGGUCCUAAAGAGGAGCAAUUUGACUGCAUUACUUGCAGGUGCAAACCAUAGUAAGGUCCCUCUCAGUUCCCACCCAUUGGUGGAGGGUGGGGGCUAUUAAUGAAAGAUAGAAAGGGGGGUUGACAUGCAGUUGAGUCCAAAUAUAUAUCAAUAUUUGAUAUUUUUUCGAUAUUAUUCAAACUGAAAAUGAUCUGCUCUAGUUAAGCUCUUAAUGGCUGUAAUUAAAUUGAUAUGAACCAUUAAGUGGCUUAUCAGAAACUAUUAAGCUGAUGAUAAAAGUGAUUUGCUGGAAUUAAAUUGAGGCUAAAAUGAUGUAGCAUACAGAGGAAUAGUAUGUACAAAGCACAUGGAAAUAUUGUUUUUUUGUUUUACAAAUAAUAGUAUAGACAUAAUGUUUAAAAUGUUAAAUAUUAAAGGGACAGUUAGAUCAUCUUAAGGCACUAUAACAUCUUCAUCUAAAUAAAGUUGCUAUGGUGCCAGAAGGCCCCCUGCGCACUGUUACUUCAAAACCAUAGCUGCCUCCAGCAUUGAUCUCCACUCCCCCACCCCUCCCCUACCCCCAGACGACACCUGGUUUAUCGCCUUGAGGUAAGAGUGCGCCAGGUCCUCCUGGCACUAUAGCAGCCUAAUUUAGAUAAAGUUCUUAAGGAGUCUGGGAUGCUCCUUUAAGCUUUUUCAUGGUAAUAGACCUAAUUUAAAGGUAAAUUUAAAAUAGAAAUAAACAAAACAUCUUUUUUUGUAAAUCUACUUCCAAUAGCAAAGCAAUACUCUAAUGUCUCCUCACAGGUUAUCGUCAAAAUGAUGUCAAUACUUUAUCUUCUACCUGUUCUCUUGCAUCAUGGUUUAUCAGCUCCAAGACUUACGGUAGGUACUAGGUUGUAUCUGGUGCAAUGCAGUUUUAUAAAACUUUAUUUAGAAAAGGAAUUUGUUGGCUGUAAUUAUAUUUAGACCAACAGGGCCACCAGUAAUCCAAGUAUUUUUAAUGCAAGGCCCUCCCUCACACCUAAUUAUGCUGAAGUAGGGGUAAAAGGAAAGUAAUGCCUACUCUUACAAAGUUAUUUAUUAAAAUGAGAAUUGUUGGGAAAUCAAAGUGAAUUCAAAGUGACCACUAACAAUUCUCACUUUAGUAAAUAACCCUGUAUGAAAGGAAAAUUUGAUAGAAAAAAAUUCCCAAGAGGCAGAGAAAAUGAUACAUGUAUUGGAAUAAUAUAACAUAAAUAGAUAAUGACCAUAGUCAGGAUAUCUGAAAUGGGACUAAUCAUAGAAACUGAAAGUUGUGAUGCAGCCAACAGAGAGACAAAUAUAGAACAACAAAUAUCAGGAAAAAAAUCUCAGGUUAUAUGAGUCACAGCAAAUACAAGUAGGGUUAUAACAAAAAGGUGUGGUGGAGCUAUUCACAUGAGCAAAAACCACCAAUGUGCACUGGACAAUGAGACUUGCUCUAUUACAUUGGUUGAAUUACAAGCAGUAUGAUAUAAAUAGAAACCCCAAGCCAGGGGCGGGCUGGGACAGUGGGGUGAGGGGUGCAGGGAGGGAAUUGCCUCCCAGGCCGGCCUAAAUCCAGGGCUGUCUUUAACAUGGGGCUGCCCCAGGCCCAGUUACACCUGGAGGUCCAAUGUAGCUGCCCCUUGGCCCCGCCACCCACAACCAGCAAAAGAAAAGUUACCCCCUAUGGGCCCAUGGUGCUGGUAUUGUGGCUGCACUGGGGCCUACACACUAAGUGCUUUAACAGCACGACUGGGCCCCUUUACGGCAGCAUGGGAGGAAGUGUAGAACGUGAGUCACUUCCUACCACAGAGACAAAAAAACUGCGCGGGAAAGAGACAGAGCCAGAAGGCAGUGUGAGAGCCAGCAAGCAGAGCCAGACCCCAACUCCCAAGCACCCUCCCCAGCACACUGGACCCCAGCAAAGGUACCAGCAAAGGUAGGAAACUAGCUUUAAAAGUGUAAAGUUUGUGUGUGUGUGUGUGUGUGUGCAUUUGAGUAUGUAUGUGUGUGUCAGUAGGUCUGUGUGUGUGUCAGUAUGUAUAUCUGUGUGUGUGCGUGUCAGUAUGUCUGUGUGUGUGCGUGUCAGUAUAUCUGUGUGUGUGCGUGUCAGUAUGUCUGUGUGUGUGCGUGUCAGUAUGUCUGUGUGUGUGCCAGUAUGUCUUUGUGUGUGUCGGUAUGUCUGUCUAUGUGUGUCAGUAUGUCUGUCUAUGUGUGUGCAAGCAUGUCUCUGUGUGUGUGCCUGUAUGUGUGUGUGUCAGUAUGUCUGUCUGUGUGAGUCAGUAUGCCUGUCUAUGUGUGUCAGUAUGUCUAUGUAUGUGCAGGUAUGUCUCUGUGUGAGUGCCAGUAUGUGUGUGUGUGUCAGUAUGCCUGUAACAGUGUGGAAAAGGUGGGCAUGGAUGGUGAGGUGAUAAGGUGGUGCAAUGGGCCACUUGACUGGAUUUGCCCCCCAGGCCUAAAGCUGCCAGCCCUGCCUUGCCCCAAGCACAUGCACACAGAUUAGUUACAAGUAUGUUAUCAGAUGAUAAUGCAGAACAACCAUGUAGCAUGAGCAGAACAACACUGUCACGUGAAUUGUCAGAAUGGUUGAGUAGGAUCUGUUGGAGAGCGAGAGACAAAAACUGAAACUGGAUGAUGCUAAACUUCAUGCUGAUGACAGAAGUCUUGAUCUUGCCAAGGAAAUAGGGAGAAAUCUUACAGAAAAUGCAGUGAUGGUCUUGCUUACUGCUGUCUGUUUCUUUCUUUUCAAGGACAAAGAAAUCUGCAUCUUGGAUAAUGGAAAACUACAUUAUAAGAUAACAGUUCUACAGGACAGGCUUCGUUUAGGAGACCUGCUGCUUCAAGACCUCAUUAAUAAUAACUAUCACUCGGUAAAGAGCAACGUCUUUAAAAGCAACAUUGAUAGAAGAAAGACAGACAUACAAGUCCCUCCAACCAGUGGGAAUCUGAUCGUUCAUGAUGAAGGUAGGAACUGAAGCCCCUUUUCUGCAAAGUUUUCAGUAGGCACCUAUAGGCUUAACUAGGGAAUUUAUUUUAAGUGCAAUAUAUUUCACUAAAAAGGCACUCCUGGCUUAAGUUUACCACCCCAUCUCAUGCACAUACUUUUUUAAUGGAUUAUAUCUGCCGCUGUUAACCACGCAUAUUUUAAUUCUCUGGAUUCUACUGUGAUUUUAGUAACAUUGUGGAUUCCAUUAGCUUGAUCUUCACCUGCCAAUCAUUAUAGAAAGAGCAGAGACAAAAGAGAAGAUACAGGAAGAAAGUUUAGGUUUCCCCUUCUCUAGCGCAGUGUGUACCCUGGCAUCAAUGUUGUGAUCAAGAUUUUAUCCAGUGGUUUAAUUUCUGGAAAAGACAUGGUUUCCCUUUAAUCCUUGCAGAUUGUUCUUCUGUGUUUGAAAGAGGAAAAAGGGAGAGCGGUUAUUAUCGCAUACAACCAACACCAGGGAAUGAGCCAUUUCUCGUGUACUGCGACAUGACUGAUGGAGGGGGUUGGACUGUGAUCCAGCGCCGCAGCAAUGGGAGAGUUAAUUUUAAUAAGUACAUACAUGAUUUUUCACAUAUUUGUUUCUAUGUAACAAGGAAAUACAUUAAUUUAACAUUAUUAACAUUAUUUAAAUUAUUAAUUUUAACAUAUUCAUAUUGUCUUAAAUGAGUAUCAACAAUUUUUCAAGGUAGCUCUGUUCGUGGCAAGUUACCAGAUUUCUUCUAGGGUAAAUCAUUUUUUUGUGUGGCCAUCCUAAAUACAAUGGACUCUAAGCGCUGCAUUUUUUGGUGUACAGGGGCUAAAUACAUAGUCUUUUUACUCCCCAAUGUGUGAUAAAACACUGCCUGCAUUCUAUAUUCUGAGUGUCACCCAGAGUAAUGUCCAGGUGACCAGCAAGAGGGGGCGCACAGAGCUUUCCCUUCCUACCAGUCACCAGCUUAACGUGGCCUACUUACUGUGGUAGAGGAUAUUUUUUUAUUCUCUACCCAGUGUGACAGGAGGCUACACAAAGCAGCAAACACCUCUCUUUCAGACUGUGUAGAGGAAUAAAGAAGAUCCUCUACCCUGGUCCCUGAAUGCACUCUCCAACAGGGGGUCAGAGUGACGAAUAGGGUUGAGUCAAAGUGGGGGUGCAAGAAACAUUUGACAGUUUUUUUGACAACUGGCUGUUUUUUAGGGGGGGGGUUUCGUAAAAAAAUAAUUUUUGUUAAAAAAAUAUUUGCUCACCUUAUAUUCUGGUGCGUAAUAUUCCAAAAACCCUGUAAAAAGGUUUUAAAAUGAAACCUGAAACAGCCCAGGAUCACCACUAAAUUACUAUAUAUUUUAUUAUAUUAUGUAUAGAUUUUGCAGCACUCUGAUUUAGCCCAUUCUGCACAUUUUUUUGUUCUUCUGAUUAGGUUUCCAAAUCAGAAAAUCUCGACCGAAAUUCUUCUAAACCGGCAAUCAGCCUAAAUUCCCAAAACAAUUGCUAUUUACUGUAAAAAUUGGCACAAGUCAACCGAUUAUUGUUGUCUGCUUAAAACUAAAUGGCUGACAUAAUGCAUAGGCAGUUACCUACCUAAUUCUAUUGUGUGUUUUCAUUGCCAAUGAUUUAUAAGGAAACCACAUGCAGCUAAAUAUUAUGUGUUACAUCUUGUGAACAAUUCCCAGGUAAAGCAGAUUGAUUCUCAGUUGGGUACAAACUGUUCCCAAUGGAGGAUCCCCUAAAAUGGCAGCACUGGAGUGACAGUUUUUCUUUAAAUUAUACAAUUAUGGGUCACUAAACAAGAUAUGAGAAAACAUAAUUCAGCAUAAAUAUAUCAUACUUUAAAUUAUAUAUAUAUAUAUAUUUUUCUCUUCAUUAACCAGACAUUGUUCAUUGCUUUGCAGAAAAUGGGAUGACUACAAACAAGGAUUUGGUUUCUUUAAAGGUAAAAACGAUGAAUAUUGGCUUGGGAACAAUCACAUUUAUAGCCUUCUGGAUAAAAGUAAGUACAUUGAUGCAGGUUUUAAUCCAUUCUUUAUCCAGUCACUCUGGCAGUUAAUGGUUUAAUGGCAGAUUGCUUACCGCUCAUUCUAUGAUUGUCCAGGAGAAAUGUCACUGCAAAUUGAUCUCAUGGACUGGAAAGGAAACAAACGAAAUGCAAUCUACGAAGAGUUUAGAACAGGAAAUGAACAGGUAAGAACAGCCUCCCAAACAGGGUGGACAAUUAAGGCCCACAUUAAACAUAUUUAUUUAGAGACAAACAAAUAAAUAACCAACAAUUAUGGCAACAGUUCCCAAGGCUAACCUCAGUAUAAAAGCUUGGUGCUAAAUGUGCGUGUGGAUAUUUUACAUAGUCUCGGGCCUAUGGGACAAAUGUCACAGGGACAACGAUCAAGAGUCCUAGGGCAGCAUUUUCUGUCUAUUGUUUUAUUGCGCUGUUACCUAUUACGCUGGUUAGUCUCGUACAGAAUGGCAUGAGUGGAGUUUAUUUUGUACUUUGUCUAAUAUCGGAUAAAGUUACAUUCAUAAGCACUGCCACAGUGAGUCAUGAGGACUCCAUACACACAAUGUUUGAGAGUCAUCUAUUCCUGAAGUAGCCCACUCACAUUGCCACUCUUACUGCUCUUGUCCUCACAGUACAGCACUGGGUGCUGGACCCUGGUAUAUAAUUUUUAUUGCCACUGUAUUUAAGAGUGCACGCCUUGAAGGGGAGCAGGAGAGAAAUGUCAACGCGAGCACAGCUCUCCCACUUCCCUCUUAGACCACCAAGGACUUUUGGGGCCCAGUUGGACCCAGCUAAACUUCUGUAAAAUUAAUAAUUUCCUAUUUGCAAACAUUCUCUCAAGUAUAGAGUGUUCACUUUUUUUCAACUCACAAAAACAGAUUUGGGAUAUGUUUGCUGCACAUUCGAAGAAACACUCUGACGUUAGAAAUACAAACUUGUACUCCAGACACCCCAACGCUGGUAAAUAAUAAAAAAAAUAGCUUCAUUAUUUACCUUUAUUUCCUCUCUGUAAAGGUCUCCAUACAGCUAGUGAUCAUCCCUUGGCAUAGAUCAUAAUUCCCGAUGAUCUCAGAUAAUUCAAUGCUUUUCCAUAGGGAUGCGCAUGCAUGGCAAUUGCUGUGUAACACCAAUCAGAAUCUCUUCAGAGAGGUGCCUUGACAUGUUGCAUCUGUUUGGGGAACGUUUUGUCAACUAUAUGCAGAAGAUGAAGACACUGGAAGUCAGUUGCUGCAAAGUUCCAAGACUGCAACAGGAUAGACCUCUAGUGAACUUGGAUUGGCAAUUACUAGAGGUGACCUUAUGGACAAAUAUAACCACUGCCUUUUCUCAGAGAAGGCAGUGGUUACAAUUGUCAGACAGCAGGGACAGGCUCUAUGCACCAGAACCCCUACAAUACGCUGCAGUGGUCCUGGUGCAUAGAGUUAAAAGACCACUAUAGUCACCCAGACCACUUCAGCUCAAUGAAGUGGUCUGGGUGCCAGGUCCCUCUAGGGUUAACCCUGCCAUAGAGAAACUGCUAUGUUUACAUUUGGGGUUAAGCCAGCCUCUAGUGGCUGUCUUCCGGACAGCCACGAGAGGCGCAUCUGUGACGCUGGAGGCAUUUUAUGCCUCCAUCACGCAGAGCAUCCAUAGGAAAGAAUUGAAAAAUGCUUUCCUAUGGACACUUUGAAUGCGCACGCGGCACAUGCGCAUUCCGCUUCGCUGACAUCAGACGGGGGAGCUGACGUCGGCGGGGGAGGAGAGGUAAGGGAGCCCAGCGGUGGAAGAAGGUGAGUAACUGAAGGGGUUUUAACCUUCAGCACCACAGGAGGGGGACCCAGGGUGGGGGCACCCUCAGGUACUAUAGUGUCAGGAAAACCGAUUUGUUUUCCUGACACUAUAGUGAUCCUUUAAAGUAUAUAUUUUUCUAUAACACUAAGUAAGUUAUUUCCUAUAAGGCAAAUUGGUAUUUGAUUAUAACCAUUUAAUAAAUAAAAAAAUAAAUAAAAAAAACUCUGCUACAGUAUUGCAUAAAUAUUGCAUGGAGCUGUUGAUACAUUUGAGGUUUAGGAUAUAUAAGAUAAGAUAUAACUGAAAAUAAUAUGCUGAUGAAGCAAAGUGCCAUUUUAUGUAUAUGACAAAUAUAUUUGUAUAUUUUUUAUAGGAUAAUUACAAGCUAUGGGUGGGCUACUAUUCAGGCACUGCUGGAGAUGGCUUGUCUGGGGGGAGCAACUUUGAAAAUCAAUGGUCGGCAUCAUUAAAGGGAAUGCCAUUCAGCACUUCGGAUAAAGACAAUGAUAGAUUCAUUCACGGGAAUUGUGCGCAGGAGAACAAAUGUGGCUGGUGGUUCAACAGGUAAGAAAGCUUAACAAUUAAUCUAAACAAUUAAGAUUUUAAAAUUUGCUUUUUUUUAUUAUAAAGGGACGAUUAAUUGCAUGUAUUUUAUGGGGGGUGGGGAGGAAUAAUUAUUCAUCUUUAAAAAUGUAUUUUAGACCACAUAUCUUUUGAAAAUGUCUGUAAGCAUUCAUCUCCCUUCAUAUUGACCUGCAAUGGAUUCUACCCAAUUUAGUGCUUAGUGGGUUACAUCACUAAACCGAUAAUUUGGGGAGAUUUGAUACCAUUCCUUUUCUUUGAGGUUACUAUUUUGCUCAGCUACAAUUCCAAGUUAUUUAUAGUACUGAUCAGGGCCGGACUGGGAGAAAAAUUCGGCCCGGGCAUUUUUUUAACACAGCGGCCCACUAAAAAGGGGGCGGGGCAGAGGAGGUGUGUUUUGCCAUCACCAAUGACAAACACGCCUCCUCUCAAAGUGAGCAUGUUGGUUCAAUGCUCUUCCAGGGCAGACCAUGCGCAGAGCUCUGCUGAAGAGCUCUAGCAUGAGAAAAAAGUCCUGUAUUUGUUAUGCACAGUGCAAGCAAAUUUAAUAACAUGCUUGCACUGUGUUUCCUUGCAACUAGUCUCUGGUGUCUUUAUAAAUGGAUACCAGGAGACAAAAGGCCAGGAAAGAGUAUUGUGCAUGUGUUUGGAGCCUGCUUGUGGUAUUGCGUGUGUGUAGAGUGAGCUGGUCGUGGUGUGGUAUUGUGUAAUAAGGUCGGUUUUAGUCGUGUUGUGUCUGUGGUGUAAUGUGAUGCAUAUGUGGCUCAGGGACCCCCUCCCGCCCGGCUCUGGAAAGGGGUUAAAACCUACCUUUUUCCAGCGCCGGGCGGGGAGCUCUCCUCCUCCGAUCCGCCCCGUCGGCUGAAUGCGCAUGCGCGGCAAGAGCUGCGCGCGCAUUCAGCCGGUCGCAUAGGAAAGCAUUUAUAAUGCUUCCCUAUGGACGCUUGCGUGCUCUCACUGUGAUUUUCACAGUGAAAAGCACGCAAGCGCCUCUAGCGGCUGUCAAUGAGACAGCUGCUAGAGGCUUUGGGGGAAGGCUUAACCCUUUAUAAAACAAUGGGUUAACCCUAGAAGGACCUGGCACCAAGACCACUUCAUUAAGCUGAAGUGGUCUGGGUGGCUAGAGUGGUCCUUUAAGAGUGUAGUGUAGUGUGUGUGUGUGUGUGUGUGUGUGUGUGUGUGUGUAUAUAUAUAUAUAUAUAUAUUUGGAAGUAUUGUGUAUGUGUGUGGUGCAGUGUGUUGGGGGGGUUCUGUGUGUAUGUGAGGGGUGCAGUAUGUGUGUGUGUGAGGGGUGCGGUGUGUGUGAGGGGUGCGGUGUGUGUGUGUGAGGGGUGCUGUGUGUGAGAGUGCCGUGUGAGAGUGCCGUGUGUGUGUGAGAGUGCUGUGUGUGUGAUGGGUGUGAGAGUGCUGUGAGUGUGAUGGGUGUGAGAGUGCUGUGUGUGAUGGGUGAGAGAGUGCUGUGUGAGAGAGUGCUGUGUGAGAGAGUGCUGUAUGUGAUGGGUGUGAGAGUGCUGUGUGAGAUGGGUGUGAGAGUGCUGUGUGAGAUGGGUGUGAGAGAGUGCUGUGUGUGAUGGGUGUGAGAGAGUGCUGUGUGUGAUGGGUGUGAGAGUGCUGUGUGAGAUGGGUGUGAGAGUGCUGUGUGAGAGAGUGCUGGGUGUGAUGGGUGUGAGAGAGUGCUUUGUGUGAUGGGUGUGAGAGAGUGCUGUGUGUGAUGGGUGUGAGAGUGCUGUAUAAAUGUUAUUGUGUGUGUGUGUAGGGGGGUAAAUAAAACAAAAACAAAAAAAACAGUCAUUAUGUCCCCCCUUCCCUUCUUACCUUUAGCCUGGGAGGGGGGGGACCGGCAUGCUGGUGCCUGGGAGCCCUGGUGGUCCUCGUGGGUGAGUGAACUCUAGCCUGUGAGGCUAGAGUUCACUCUCACGAGAUCCGGCCGUUGCCAUGGCAACGCGCUGGAUCUCGCGAGAGGAACCCAGCGGAGCUGCAAGUUAGAGCUCCGCCGGGUCCUCUCUCCAGCCUGGCUGGCUGUCUCCCUCCUUCCCUCCCCGCCGGCGGCCGCAUGUGGGCCGGUCACGGAGAUCCUUGAUCUCCCCACCAGCCCGUCGUGGCAAACAGCUAGGAGAGUGCCGGCCCUGCAUAGACCGGCAGGGGAGAUCCUGGGACCUCCCCUGCCGGCCUCGGCCCAUGGCCACCGCGGCCCACCGGGCAUUUGCCCGGUGUGCCCGAUGGCCAGUCCGGGCCUGGUACUGAUUGCUUUACUCAAUUAUAAUUUGAUUUAAUGAGAUGAUAGUGAACAUGCUACAUACAUAUAGUACAUGCAUGUUUUAUGUAUAUACACAUACAUACAAUGAAACGUUUGCUCCCACUAUAAACGAAGAGCCACAUACAGGGAGUGCAGAAUUAUUAGGCAAGUUGUAUUUUUGAGGAUUAAUUUUAUUAUUGAACAACAACCAUGUUCUCAAUGAACCCAAAAAACUCAUUAAUAUCAAAGUUGAAUAUUUUUGGAAGUAGUUUUUAGUUUGUUUUUAGUUAUAGCUAUGUUAGGGGGAUAUCUGUGUGUGCAGGUGACUAUUACUGUGCAUAAUUAUUAGGCAACUUAACAAAAACAAAUAUAUACCCAUUUCAAUUAUUUAUUAUUACCAGUGAAACUAAUAUAACAUCUCAACAUUCACAAAUAUACAUUUCUGACAUUCAAAAACAAAACAAAAACAAAUCAGUGACCAAUAUAGCCACCUUUCUUUGCAAGGACACUCAAAAGCCUGCCAUCCAUGGAUUCUGUCAGUGUUUUGACCUGUUCACCAUCAACAUUGCGUGCAGCAGCAACCACAGCCUCCCAGACACUGUUCAGAGAGGUGUACUGUUUUCCCUCCUUGUAAAUCUCACAUUUGAUGAUGGACCACAGGUUCUCAAUGGGGUUCAGAUCAGGUGAACAAGGAGGCCAUGUCAUUAGAUUUUUCUUCUUUUAUACCCUUUCUUGCCAGCCACGCUGUGGAGUACUUGGACGCGUGUGAUGGAGCAUUGUCCUGCAUGAAAAUCAUGUUUUUCUUGAAGGAUGCAGACUUCUUCCUGUACCACUGCUUAAAGAAGGUGUCUUCCAGGAACUGGCAGUAGGACUGGGAGUUGAGCUUGACUCCAUCCUCAACCCGAAAAGGCCCCACAAGCUCAUCUUUGAUGAUACCAGCCCAAACCAGUACUCCACCUCCACCUUGCUGGCGCCUGAGUCGGACUGGAGCUCUCUGCCCUUUACCAAUCCAGCCACGGGCCCAUCCAUCUGGCCCAUCAAGACUCACUCUCAUUUCAUCAGUCCAAAACCUUAGAAAAAUCAGUCUUGAGAUAUUUCUUGGCCCAGUCUUGACGUUUCAGCUUGUGUGUCUUGUUCAGUGGUGGUCGUCUUUCAGCCUUUCUUACCUUGGCCAUGUCUCUGAGUAUUGCACACCUUGUGCUUUUGGGCACUCCAGUGAUGCUGCAGCUCUGAAAUAUGGCCAAACUGGUGGCAAGUGGCAUCGUGGCAGCUGCACGCUUGACUUUUUUCAGUUCAUGGGCAGUUAUUUUGCGCCUUGGUUUUUCCACACGCUUCUUGCGACCCUGUUGACUAUUUUGAAUGAAACGCUUGAUUGUUCAAUGAUCACGCUUCAGAAGCUUUGCAAUUUUAAGAGUGCUGCAUCCCUCUGCAAGAUAUCUCACUAUUUUUGACUUUUCUGAGCAUGUCAAGUCCUUCUUUUUACCCAUUUUGCCAAAGGAAAGGAAGUUGCCUAAUAAUUAUGCACACCUGAUAUAGGGUGUUGAUGUCAUUAGACCACACCCCUUUCUCAUUACAGAGAUGCACAUCACCUAAUAUGCUUAAUUGGUAGUAGGCUUUCGAGCCUAUACAGCUUGGAGUAAGACAACAUGCAUAAAGAGGAUGAUGUGGUCAAAAUACUCAUUUGCCUAAUAAUUCUGCAUUCCCUGUAAUGCUAUAGCCAGUGGCAACUAAAGUAUGCAUGUUUAACAAACGUCAACGUUCAUUGCUAUUUAGCCUGUUUGAUGCAAAAAUGUAAAGAACAUGGGCCACAGUUUAUGAUUUUGGAUAAGCUUUUCAAAUGAUUUAAUAUUUUUGGAUAAACUUUUAAAUGUAUUUUUUUAUAAUUUCAAAAAUAUAUCACAUAGGAGGUGGAGCCAGCUCUUGACCGGAGUACUCGCAUGCUUGCAGCGCUCUGUCUCAAUGGAUUGAAACCACAUACAAUUUAAGCUUUACCAGGGGUAUUUCUGGCAUACAGACUAUCUACAAGGACUGCUCUACCUACGAUGUGGAAAACUAAAAAAUGAAAGCCGGCCCGGCGUUGGCAUUCUGCAAAUAUAAAACAAACGAAUGUAGCGCUUAGAUAGUAAAUAAAUAAAUCACCUUUGGUUUAAAUUGGACGGAGGAUUUCCCUUUAUAUACUCAAUAUGUGCAGGUAUCUACAAAAGAUAAUUUCGCUUAUAUAGUAAAUAAAUAAAUCACCUUUGGUUUAAAUUGGACAGAGGAUUUCCCCUUAUAUACUCAAUAUGGUACAUUCGUUUUGGUUUUGUAUUUGAUGUUGGACUACAUUCGUUUUGGUUUUGUAUUUGAUGUUGGACUACAUUCGUUUUGGUUUUGUAUUUGAUGUUGGCCUACAUUCGUUUUGGUUUUGUAUUUGAUGUUGGUGAUGUAAGGGAUCGCUUGAAUGUAUAGCAGCUGGUUAUUUAAAAGCAGAUAUAUUGUGAUCUAAUUCUAUUUAAGAAGCGCUGGUACUCAUUUUACUAUUCUGCAAAUAUAGGCUUCCUGUUCAUAGGCUGCAUGGCGAAAUCAGGCCCGACAUGGUGUUGGAUCUCUGAGAUUUUUCAGACACUUUUGGCUAGCUGCCGCUGUAUAGAAAAGAGAAUCUGGGCUUUCAGGAACACCAUUAAAUCUCACCUUUUGGUCAAGGGGGCAUCUACUCCGGUGACCACAGCCAUUCUAACAAUCCUCUUGGUGGACCUUCAUCACAGCAUACUGGCAGAUAUCUCCCAGGUCAGAGGACUUAGCAUUGUGGAGAAGACUGCAGUGACCCACGGUGCACAAAUUUCUAAAUUGAAGAAACAGGUCGAUGACCAUCUGGAAGACCAACUAGCAGCACUUUAAGAUAAAAGAUAGUGGAACACUGAAGAUAAUAGGCCUGUCAGAUGAUAUUGCUAUGCCUGAACUUCCACACUUGAACUAGACGGCAUGUUCUGCCUGCCAAAGCCUCAGACGAACACAUCGGCUGCCUCUAUUGAUCUAUUGAUCAAAUUUCAAAGUGGGCAAGACAAAUCUGCCUUAUUGCCUCUCGUGCAUGACUCUACAACAAAUGAAAUCAAUUUAAUUACUUACGUGACGUGAUCAUAACACUAUCUUGUAUGAGAUCAUAUUAAGGCUGAUUUAAUACAGUGUGUAAGCACUACAACAUAACACACAGUCUGACAAAACAACUUAUUAUUCGUAUGUUUUUGUGCUAUGUCUUUGUAUACAUCUUGUAUACCAUGUUAAGUCAAACAUGUGUCUGCCUGUGGCAUAAAUAAAUAAUUAAAAACAAUAUUUUUUAUAUGUAUAUCUAUAUUAUAUAAAAAAUAUAUCAACAAAUAAAAAAAAAAAGUUUUUUUCAGCAAAAUAUUACAUUUCAAAUGUUUAAACAAAAUGUUUUAACUACUUGUCAAAAAUAUUUAAACCAAGGCCAUGGUUGGACAGUGUGCAAGGCUCCGUAACAGCACUGCAGGAACUAUGAUUGGAUGUUCUCAAAGGAAAACAGCUAACAAUCACAUAUUCACAAUUUAAAUACCUUUAUAUUAAAACAGAAUAUCCACUUAAUUGAAAAGAGAAGAAUGGGAAAGCUAAGAACAUAGACCGUGCAGGGUUGUGGAACAUAAGAUUAUUAUUAAAAGCGAUGGGAACACCCAAGUAGGAAUGAUCAGGAAGAGAUUUGGAAGGAAGGGUUCCAUUACAGAAUGUUGACUUGGGUAUGGAAUCUAGGCCAUGACUAAUUUCUCUUUCUUCAUUUGCUUUCUUCCCUCUAGGUGCCAUAUAGCCAACUUAAAUGGCGUAUAUUACAAAAAUGGAAAUUACACUGGUGAAUAUGACAACGGAAUCGUUUGGUCCACUUGGCGAGGCUUGUGGUACUCAUUGAAACAUGUAUCAAUGAAGAUCAGAAGACCCACAUUUCUCGAUGUGGGCAGUGGAACUGGCAUAAAUGGUUAAUUGAACGUUAUUGCCAAGGACAGGCACCAAUUACACUGAUGUCAGCUGAAAUAGUGCAAAAGCAGCUAGAUACAGCUCCUGUUAAAAUAUAUUGUUACCGGUAUAUUUUUCAUAUUAUUUACUUUGCAGAAUUUACUGUACAGCAAGUUCCAAUAUCUAGGAAAAUUAUACUAAUCAGACAGGAUAUCAAAAGACAUGUGAACAGAAGCUAUAUUUGCUUGUAUGUGAAAUUAAAGCCUUGGAAUGCCCGUCCAUAUAAUGUUUAAAACACAGUAAAUGACAUUAAAUGUUAUCUGUUUCCAUGUGAUUUUAUAUUUACUCUUCACAUUAACAAGGUUAAUCCCCUAAGGAGUGAAAUAUACAGAAUUCAGAGUGAAUUUUACACUUAAG